CAUGAGUUUCACCUAGCGGACGUAGCGAAACGUCUGAGUCGACAUUCCACCUCUUCAGGAUAGCGUUGUUCGAAGAAAUCCAAAUCAUUACCACGACAGAUUGAGAUGUCUAACGGCCAGGCACAACAGAUUCGGUGGCAUCACCAAAAUCAGCCACAACAACCGGAACCACAACAACUUUUGCAGCGACCAGUACAAUCACCGGAACGACGGCGGUCGGUCACCAGGAAGAGGAGUUUGGAGUGCGCUAGGGAUUUGGAAUGCGACAGGUGUGCGCGGAUGUUCCCAACCAAGAGGUUCAUAGCCCAGCACUUGGCGCCGGACAAACGUAAAUGCCAAAUGUGCUGCAAACGGUUCCGACACGUUAGCAACCUGGUGAACCACGUGCGCGUGCACACAGGCGAAAAGCCGUACACGUGCGCAGUAUGCCGUAAGUCGUUCGCACAGGUGGGAAACCUCCGCACGCACGUCCGCGGCGUCCACUCCGGCCACACACCGUUCGAGUGCGACGUCUGUGGCCGGCAGUUCACGCAAAUGGGCAACUUGGCCACGCACAAACGCGUUCACGACGCUGACAAGCCGUAUGCGUGCAACGAGUGCCGGUUGUCGUACUGCCAACAAUACCAGUUAGUUAGACAUCAAAAGAAACACCGCGAAUCCGUUUCUCGUGGUCCUUUGCCACCGGAAACAGCUUUCCCGCUAUCUCAGCGCCAAUCACGGCGUACGUCUCACUCCCGAAGGUCCGGAAAAAAAGUUAAGACGCGCAACUUAUUAUAAUAUAAUAUAAAAAAUAAUAAUAAGUAUAAAAUGUAUCCUAUUACUAGAUUCUGUGAUCAUACAUUAUUUUUAUGUUAUU